CAUUUAGAAAAAAUAAAAUAAAAAUGAAAGUUUUUAGUAUCACAGCUGUAGUCGCACUUUUCGCUACUCAAUCAGUCUUAGCUGCUACCACAGCAGCUCCUUGUGAUCCAAACACUUGUAAACUUCCUAGCUGUCUUUGCCCUUCAUUGACACCACCAAAUGGUCUCCAACCAAAGGAUGUGCCUCAAUUCGUUACAAUCACAUUUGACGAUUCUGUCCAAGCUGAAUUGUUGGCUACUGCUAAAGAUUUGCUUAACGUCAAGAAUCCAAAUGGAUGUGCUGCAAAGGGUUCUUGGUACGUCUCCAUGCUGUACACAAAUUUUGCGCUUGUUCAACAAUGGUAUGCUAAUGGAAAUGAAGUCGCUGAUCAUACUUUUACUCACGUCGGAACACCGUCUUCUCAAGAGAUCGCUGCUGCCCGUGCCAUGUUAAAUCAAUACGCUGGUGUCCCUCUUGGAAAAAUCAAAGGUUUCAGAGCUCCAUUUUUAAAUUAUACCACAGACACCUUAAGAGAGAUUGCAAAGCAAGGAUUUCAAUAUGACACAUCAUCUACUGGUGUUGUUGAUGAUUGCUACUGGCCGUAUACCCUAGAUAAUGGAUUAGCAAACGAUUGUUGGAACAAUGUCUGCGGCUCAGAUCUCAAACUUCCUGGUGUAUGGGAAAUUCCAAUGUAUGCAGUCAAUGAUAAUCAAGGUACCGCACAAUUAAUGGACGUGUACCUGUCUGGAUCACCUUCAGAUGUAACUGCUUGGUCAGAAGCAAACUUUGAGAGACAUUAUAAUGGUAAUCGUUCACCUUUUGGUAUCUAUGUCCACCCUACUCAUUUGACAAAUUAUGCCGGUCUCGCUGACAUGUCUUCACAAAAGGCUGCCGUCGUCAGUUUCAUUCAAUCACUUGCAUCGAAGCCCGAUGUUUGGUUUGUAACUAAUGAGCAGUUACUACAAUGGAUGCAAAAUCCAGUUCCGGCUAGUCAGUUAGCAAGCCAACCUUACAUGCAAUGUACGCUACCCAAUGUAGGAAAGGAGAUUUGUAAUGGGUUAGAAAAUAUCAGUAUCGCCAGCAAUAUUGUGUCCGGUAGCCUUUUAAAUAAUUGUAACUUCAACACAGCUAACUGGGGUACUUGUUUCAAUUGUCCUGCAACCGAACCUACCCUUGAUAAUCCUACACCUAACAACGCCGUAGCUGAAUCUGACCCUAAGUUCCGUCACGCUGUACCAAGCAAUUGCGACAGUCUUUGGUGGGACCCUAUUGCCGGCCAGUGUCUAUGUUCCAAUACAACUUGUGCGUAUAACGAUACUUCAGUUCCUCUUACGACAAUUGUUGCUAAUAGCACAACUGCCUCUGCUACAGGCAAAGUUGCUGAAGAGACAAGCGUCAAGAGUGCUGCUGCUACCAUGGCGACUACGUUGUUUGGCCUUACCUUGGGCAUGGGUGUUGCUGCCGCUGUAAUGAUUUUGUAAUCAUUUCAAAUUUUUCCUUUUUUCUAUACAUAUCACAUCAAGUAAUUUUACUUCUAUUAAUAUUAUUUCAAACUGUAAAAGUAAUUAUUUCUUCCUUCCCCCACACUACAUUUUUUUCUUUCAUAUAAAAACCGUAUAGUUUUAUGGUCGAGACCUUCCAUCUCCUAACUAAUUUUAUUAUCAGCUGCAAAAAUAAAAUAAAAAAAAAGACAUUGGAUAGUAGGAAUCUAGAACAUAGUUUUCGAAAUGCAGGGUUAUUUUUUCUAAA